UAUCUGACGACUCCCGUGUGCGUUGGUGAGUGUGGAUUCCAUCGAGUGGGCCAAGGCUGCAGAAACGGCUCGACCACAACACCAGCCACAGUAGCAGCAGCAGCAACACCGACACCCACUGUGGACUUUUCCCCGCUGGACCGCGCUCGUGUUUAAAAAAAGGACCGUCUCGCUAGGAGGACACAUUUGUCCCGGCAUGUAGCUGGCGGCAACGUGGGCGACACGAGAGUGGGGGGCGACCGAGCAGCAGAUUGUGUGCGGGAUGCCGUGAAAAUCACUACAGCCCACUGAGGAACAUCGCGGACACGGCGGUGGUGGUGGUGGUGGUGGAUGAUGAAGACGAUGACGAUGAUGGACAAGAGCGAGGAGAUCCACGCAAGGUAGCGUCCGAGAAGACAGCUGAGCGGUUUUAGUGGAGGAUGGAUCUCAGCCGGCUCCGGAACAUCAUCAGCAGAUAUUGUGCAGGGGAAGAGAACUGGGUCGACAGUCGGACGGUGUACAUCGGCCAUAAAGAACCCCCUCCGGGAGCUGAGGCCUACAUCCCUCAGCGUUACCCUGACAACCGCAUCGUCUCCUCAAAGUAUACCUCCUGGAACUUCAUCCCCAAGAACUUGUUUGAACAGUUCCGAAGAAUUGCCAAUUUCUACUUUUUGGUCAUAUUUCUGGUCCAGCUCAUCAUCGACACCCCUACCAGCCCCGUCACCAGCGGCCUGCCCCUCUUCUUUGUUAUCACCGUCACUGCCAUCAAACAGGGCUACGAGGACUGGUUGCGUCACAGAGCCGACUGCUCCAUAAACGAGUGUCCCGUGGACGUGGUGCAGCGGGGGAAGGUGGCGAGGACGCAGAGUCAAGAGUUGAGGGUGGGCGACAUCGUGGUGGUGAAGGAGGAUGAGACGUUCCCAUGUGACCUCAUCCUGCUCUCCUCCAGCCGACAGGAUGGUACCUGCUACGUCACCACCACCAGCCUGGAUGGAGAGUCCAGUCACAAGACCUAUUACGCCAUACCAGAUACCAUGGCCUUUAGGACCGAGCGGGAGGUAGAUUCCUUACAUGCCACCAUCGAAUGUGAACAACCACAGCCUGACCUCUACAAAUUUGUGGGACGCAUCCAUAUUUAUAAGGACAAAGAUGAACCUGUCGCGAGACCCCUCGGGGCUGAGAACCUGUUACUCCGAGGAGCCACACUGAAGAAUACGCAGCAUAUUUAUGCUGCUGCAAUCUACACCGGCAUGGAGACCAAGAUGGCACUCAAUUACCAGUCUAAAUCACAGAAGCGCUCGGCUGUGGAAAAGUCCAUGAAUGCCUUUCUGAUUGUUUACCUGUGCAUCUUGAUCAGUAAAGCCGUCAUCAACACUGUUCUUAAGUACGCCUGGCAGUGGUCUCCGGACCGGGACGAGCCGUGGUACAACCACAGGACGGAGAACGAGAGGCAACGACACGUGGUGAUCCGAGCUUUCACAGACUUCCUGGCCUUCACCGUCUUGUUCAAUUACAUCAUUCCCGUGUCCAUGUACGUCACGGUGGAGAUGCAGAAAUUCCUGGGCUCCUACUUCAUCACCUGGGACGAGGAGAUGUUUGAUGAGGAGCUGGGGGAAGGCGCUCAGGUCAACACCUCUGACUUGAACGAGGAGCUGGGCCAGGUGGAGUAUGUUUUUACUGAUAAGACGGGGACUCUGACAGAAAACAACAUGGAGUUUAUCGAAUGCUGCGUAGAUGGGAACGUCUACAUCCCGCACGCCAUCUGCAACGGUCAAAUCCUUAGCGCUGCCUCCAGCAUAGACAUGAUAGAUUCCUCACCUGGAGGAUACCGCAGGGAGCACGAGGACCUGUUCUUCCGGGCCCUGUGUCUGUGUCACACGGUGCAAGUGAAGGAGGAGGAGACGGUGGACGGCAUCAAGAGGGGCAUCCACCAGGGCCGACCCACAUCCUUCUACAUUUCUUCCUCGCCAGAUGAAGUUGCGUUGGUGGAGGGAAUGAAAAGGCUGGGCUACACAUACCUGAGACUGAAGGACAACUACAUGGAGAUCCUGAACAAAGACGAUGAAAUUGAAAGGUUUGAGCUGCUUCAUGUGCUCAACUUUGACUCUGUAAGGAGGAGAAUGAGCGUCAUUGUCAGAGCGAGCUCAGGAGAAUACCUGCUCUUCUGCAAGGGGGCUGACUCGGCCAUUUUUCCCUUGGUAGUGUCUGGGAAGUUGGAGCAGGUGAAGGCCCGGGUGGAGCAGAACGCUGUGGAAGGCCUGCGGACCCUAUGCGUGGCCUACAAGAGGCUGUCGGAGGUGGAGUACCGGGCGGCGUGUCGGCACUUGACGGAAGCCAAGCUGGCCCUGCAGGACAGGGAGCAAAGGCUGGCUGAAGCCUACGACGUCCUCGAAAGAGACUUUGUACUUCUGGGUGCCACGGCUGUGGAGGACAGGCUCCAGGAGAAGGCGGCCGAUACCAUCGAGUCGCUGCACAAGGCUGGAAUAAAAGUUUGGGUCCUGACGGGGGACAAGAUGGAGACGGCGGCGGCCACCUGCUAUGCCAGCAAGCUCUUUCGCCGCAGCACUCAGAUCCUGGAGCUGACCAAGAAGCGCACAGAGGAGCAGAGCCUCCAUGAUGUUCUGUUUGAGCUGAAUAGGACUGUUCUCAGGCAACGAUCCAUUUCUGGGUUGUCUGUCGACUGCCUCGACUUUGGUCUUAUCAUCGACGGAGCCACGCUGUCGGCGGUCCUCAAGCCCAAGCAGGAAGUUGCCGGCCACGGCAACUACCGAGAGAUCUUCCUGGAGAUCUGUCGCAACUGUAGCGCCGUGCUCUGUUGUCGCAUGGCGCCACUGCAGAAGGCACAGAUCGUCAAGCUGAUCAAGGCCUCCAAGGAGCAUCCCAUAACUCUCGCUGUCGGCGACGGAGCCAAUGAUGUCAGCAUGAUUUUAGAAGCACAUGUGGGCAUUGGGAUUAUGGGUAAGGAAGGUCGCCAGGCAGCGAGGAACAGUGACUACGCCAUCCCAAAGUUCAAACAUCUGAAGAAAAUGCUGCUGGUUCAUGGUCAUUACUACUAUAUACGCAUCGCUGAGCUGGUUCAGUACUUCUUCUACAAGAAUGUAUGUUUCAUCUUCCCCCAGUUCCUGUAUCAGUUCUUCUGCGGCUUCUCCCAGCAGCCUCUGUACGAUACGGCCUACUUGACCCUGUACAACAUCAGCUUCACGUCACUGCCCAUCCUCCUCUACAGCCUGGUGGAGCAGCACGUCACCGUGGAGACGCUCAAACGGGAACCCUCCUUGUACAGGGAUAUUGCCAAGAACUCUCUCCUCCGAUGGCCAGUCUUCCUGUACUGGACAUGCUUGGGCGUGUUUGAUGCCGUCAUCUUCUUUUUUGGUGCCUACUUCCUGUUUGACAACACCACUUUCACCAGCAAUGGCCAGCUUAUGACCACCAACACACAGAUGAUGUUUGGCAACUGGACCUUCGGGACUCUGGUCUUCACUGUGCUGGUGUUCACCGUUACCCUCAAGCUUGCCUUGGACACGCGCCACUGGACCUGGAUCAAUCACUUUGUCAUCUGGGGCUCGCUACUUUUCUACGUGAUUUUCUCCCUCCUCUGGGGAGGCAUCAUUUGGCCCUUCCUCAACUACCAGAGGAUGUAUUAUGUCUUCAUGCAAAUGCUGUCCAGCGGUCCCGCCUGGCUCAGCAUCAUCCUGCUCAUUACGGUCAGCCUGCUACCUGAUGUCAUCAAGAAGGUCCUCUGCAGGGCCAUGUGCCCAACAGCCACUGAGCGUGCUCAGGAUCACGACGUGUUGGCGCGGGACGUCGCGGCUGCCCAGCUGGCCCCUGGCCGAUCCUACAAAGGCGCGAGCACGGCCCGCUCCUCUCCGCUCCAGUUCGCCGGCGUGGAGACGCUGUCGCUCCGCAGAUCUGACCCCCUUCCACGGAAACUUUUAGCUCAUUUGGCGGAAGGGGGUAGAGCGGAAUUGCGCUCGUGCAUGCUCCGUCUCUCCGGGGCGGGGAUCGCAUACUACGCUCCGGGACCAGAAACGUCUGUGUAA